CCUAAAAACAUCAUUUCCAAAAUUUGUUGAUGCAUAUUUCAGCAGAAAYAAGAUAGCAAUACUAUUACUGUAUACAAUMCCAAGUCAUGAUCGGCCAGGGCUCCCCACUCGUUACCACUGCUCUAUUCUCCUUGUUGGCAAACGGCUGCAGGGCUUUCGCCGUUGCUCCCAGGAGCACCGCGGACCUUCUUUCGUUGUCGGCAACCACCACGGGGCUCGAGGAGUUGUCCAAAAUGACCACAAUAUCGAUCGACAGCGGCGAUUUGGACGUCGUGGAAAAAUACGCCGCCACCGGCCUCGUGACCGAUGCCACGACCAAUCCACUCUUCGUAAGCCAAGCGGGUGCCAACGGGGACAAGAGAUACGAAGAMAUGGUGUCCGAUGCCAUCAUGUACGCCAAAAAGCAGAUGGGUGGCGGAGACUCCACCAUGCCCGACUUUGAACCGGAGGUCAACCUCGCCAUGGACAAGCUUUCGGURAAUCUCGGCGCCAAAUUGUCCACACUGGUGACGGGCCGCGUGUCGACCGAGGUCGACAUCCGGUUGAGCUACGACACGGAGGCCUCCGUCGAGCGCGCCCGAAACAUUAUCAAAAUGUACAAAGAGAUGGGCAUUCCCAGUGACCGGAUUCUCAUCAAGCUUGCCGGAACAUGGGAGGGCAUCCAGGCGGCCAAGAUUCUAGAAAAGGAAGGCAUCCAGUGCAACAUUACGCUGAUCUUCUCGUUCUUGCAAGCAGCAGCGGCUGCCCAGGCCAACGCGUACCUGGUGUCGCCCUUUCCCGGAAGAAUUCUUGACUGGCACAAAUCCAAGGGGGCAAACGCCAACAGCAACGGGAGCUUCCAUCCCACCGCCGAUCCGGGAGUUUUGGURAUCAAGAGAAUUUAUUCCUACUUCAAACACUACGGAUACAAAACCAUCUGCAUGCCCGCAUCGUGGCGACCUUCUCGGGGUGCGGACGUCGAGGGGAGCGACAUUGACGAAAUCCUUGCCCUGGCGGGAGUUGACGAGAUGACCAUUCCCCCCGCGUUCCUGGAAUCUCUGAUGGUGGUGGAUGGCGACUCUGUUACCAGACAGUGCGACCCCGAAACGAGUGCGGCGGUCUGCUGCGAUCCCGACUACAAACUCGACGAAGCCACCUACAAGGCCUACAUGGAGUCCGAGGCCUGUGCCACCGCAAAGCUCGAGGAAGGCAUCGAGGCCUUCACCCAAAACACGAUGGAGCUCCGAAAGAUUUUGUACGACAAAUUUGCGGAAGCAUAAGGAUUCAGCGUAACGUAACGUGACGUACCGUAAACGCGAUGCGAUUUGCCUCGCCGGAUAAAGAUUAUGCUUUCGCGAAGGCCGCGUCCUUGCUAGGAUAURGAAGAUACUGAUACCGGAUAGGUCUUUYCAACUAUUUCAAACUAGAGUGUACUUUGUUCUAAUCUAGUGUGUUCAACAAAAUCACGAGCUUUUAUUCUAUCGCAAAUACCGCAUUAGCAUUGAAAAAACGACCAUAGGCGAUU